GAGAAACAGUGCGUAUCGGGUUAGGUUGUUAGAAAGUUAAUGGCUGGGGGAAAGAGAUCCUCCUCAACCCUCGCUUCGGGAGAGUUUCUGGAUUCCCUGAAGUAAAACAACGCAAAUAUCCUAAAAGAAAGAGCCUGGACGGACGUUUAAGUCAACAACUAGCGCGUAAACAUACGUAUUGUGAACAUAAGUAUGCAGGAUGCAGUAGCCGGGACGGCAAUGCUGACGGACGGCUUCGAGGACGAGAUUGACUCGGUGACUCCUCGCUCCCCAGUGGCAGGGAUGGGGGUAGGAGCGACACCAGGAGGAGUCGGACUGGGGGGCAUUGGGAUUGGUGUAGGUGGAAAGAAAGUACGUUUGUACGGCGAACCAGGCGGGCCUGCUGCAGAAAGACUGGAUUUCAAACUAGCAGCUGCGGCCGUCCUCUCCUCGGGUCCAGGAUCCGGCAGCGACGAAGACGAGGUUUCAGAGGUAGCUACGCUAAGCUAAGCUAGUUAGCUCAGCCUAACCAGAGAGAGAGAGAGAGAGAGAGAGGCAGCAUUCCUGUCCUAGCUAGCUAGCUACUUAGCUCGCAGUUGGCAACCACCCCCUCCCAGGCCGCUGAAAUUACGUAAAAUAAGACAGCACUUGAAACCAAUAACACCCCCUGCCUGUUUAUACAGCUAUGAAGCUAUAUGAUAUCGAUCGUGUUUGAUGAGACACGGGCGGUUGUUAACGUUAAGCGGCUGAAAUGUUUUAUUUAUGCAGUGCAGGCUGUGAAUACGGCCUAGUUCGGGUGGAAGCGAAGACGGCCUCGUACGGUGCUGUCGUCUCGCAACACCCAUCACAAGUUUGCAGCUCUCCCAGCAGCUUUCUCGCCACAGCAAAUGGAAGAAGCCUGAUGACCCACGGACGUUCACGGCCAGCUCACUGACUGCCGUUUCUUAGUCGUGGUGCAAUUACGUCACUUUUCCUCAUAUCAUGUACAUUUACUCUGAUCGAACUUUUUUUUGUCACGUUUAGAUCAGGCUCUCCCUCGCGGGGUUACUCGAAUUUUCGACAGUCAGUGUUGACAAAUAAACCAGUCGGGUUAUUUUCAUCCUUUGUCGGUGUGGUCCAGAAAGCUAACGCCACCGGGUCGACUUGAUUUGCCUUCUCAAUAUUGAGAGUUCACGUUGAGAGGCGUCCAACUUUCCAUGUGCUGGCAGUCAUACAGUGAGAAAAGUGUGAUGGCAUUUACUCUUCAGUCAAACAUACGUCUGACAUGUUUUGUAUUCAGAUUGAUGCAUAGAUAGCAUACGGCACGGCCUCUGCAAACAACAUUAUCUAGAUAUCAAUGUACCGAAUCCAUCCAAGAGGAGCUUUCAACUGGAUAGCAAAUCAAACCGUUCAACUGUGUGUUCUUGUCAGUCACACUUUUAUCAUGUAAUUAAGUUUACCUUAUACAAUGACUGCAGGCAACGCAAGAAGCAAGAACGGACCUGUCACACUGCUAGAUAGAAAAACGAUUUGCACAAACCUAUCAAACGACUUAAUGUCAUUGUCAUGGUGAUGUUAUCUAUACUGUCAUUGAAAAUGGCGAUGCAGUAGCUGUUUACUAAAAGUCAACACCUCUGAUAAAGAGUAUGUGGCGUGGGGAAAACUGGCACUCCUGAGUAAUACACAUUACCUGUUGAUCAGUCUCUGUUUAGCAAAGCUAAUAUCUGAGCAAAGGGCGGUCUGUCUGAAUCACACUACAGCCAUGACGCCCAGACAAGUAUGGAUGUGUCAGCUGAUGCAAAUGUCAACAUAGUCUGUCCAUUUCAGUGUGAGCAUCAGCUGUGUAGUAGCAGAGGAGGAAAAUACCAAGUUUGACAAAUGCAUCUCAGGCAAUUUAAUUGAAUCAAAUAGCAAAUGUGUGGCCUCUGUGUCAUGUUUCUUCACUCACCAAACCUACCAUCCAAGCCUGAAAGGGAGUGUUUGUUGUGGUGUUUUACACCAGUAGAGAACUCGCUGCUCUGGGCAGUAUCUAAAAUCUGAGCCCCAGGAUUAAGCAGAUGCCAUUCUAGGCCUUUCCAGCUCUCUGGAUACCAACACCCUGGGAACUGUAGUUCAUUAAUGGUGAAAUCUGAUGUCUAUUGUUGAUUAUAAAGGCCACUGCAGAACUACAUCCCCCAUAGGUUGUUUUGCUCUCUGUUCCUGUCAUAUAGCUGAAUUCCUCCACAUUGCUGACUCUCUCCCAACAUUUGCUCUUCUGACCAGGCCUUGAAAGCCUGUUGCAAAAUAUGGAUGGACAUAGACAGAGGUGGUUUCUGUCAUAAUUUCUGUCUAAGAUUGUUUGCCAAAUAUUGAGCCAUUGUACUUCAUCUAAAUCUAGAAGCUACCUAAAUCCGAACCUCUCUGUUGGUUGAUUGCUGAAGUAAGUUGAUAUGUCAACUGAAAAUUUUGACCGCAAUUCAACAAGAUCUCUGUUAUGGGUAAAUAAGUCUCUGGGUUAGAGAAUACGCUGAUGUUGUUUCCUGGCCAAACUCUUAGUAUGGAUCAGUACACCCUGAUGUCAGUAGGUUGCCCACCUGGAUGAAAACCAAAACUCUUUCUUUUCCCCCUCAACUAAGUUUAACCCGAGAAAAGAGAUGGGAGUAGUCAUGACAAACUUUUGGAUAGUUUACAUUUGCAUCUUCUAUAAAGCCUUUACUUUGAUAUUUACUUCACUUUUUUGGUUAUAAAAGCAUGUCAACUGCGUAACUACCUGUGAUACAGCUGGGGAGUUUGUAAAUAUGUUGAAAACAACAACAUUUUGCUUACAUCCCAAACAUAAAGGGGCCACUAAAUGUUAUUACACUGGAAUUAAUCCAGUUAUCACGAUGAAAUCAGCUUGAAAUAUAAAAAAGAGGGUUUGUUAGUUUAGAUGAAAAGUAUGGUUCCUUCCUUACACCAACAUACCAAUAUACUGGGGGAGCACUGCACCAUAAUUUGAAUUGGAUUGGAUUAAAAGCUAGUCAAUGAUUCCAUCUGUUUAAGAUGUGUUAGCUGUGGUGAGUUAGGUGAAAAUAUUGAUUGGGACUUAAGUGAGAAAAAAAACAGCUUAACUGCUCUUUUUUUGUUGACUCAUUUGUUUUUUUUCUCCAAAUAAUGACAUUUUUGUCCAAAAAGCUGUAAUACAGGAUAGCCAGCAGGGCCAAAGCUCAGGUAUGAAAGUGUGCUGCUGUACUUGGGCAGCUGACUCUCAGCUGAAUCCCUCCAUGUGUGCUGGGUUUUAAUUCCUGGCCAUAGCACUUCCCGUGCUUUGACUCCCUUAUCCCUACACUCCUUUUUUUCUCCCUCUGUUGAAAGAAAUUGAAAGCAAACAAGGGCAGCAUGCCUGAUCUUUUAAAAGGUGGCAUGUUAUUGUGUUUAGGGUCACUUCUGUAAUAAACAAAGGGAGGAAUAAAGAAAGUGAGAAUUCACGUGAAUCAGUUGAAUUAAAACUUCCUGGUGUAUCUGUUACAUGUCACAAAUCAUCAGCACUUAGAGUUAGGUACAGUUGUUGAUCAGGAAUAAAGAUGAAAACAGCCUAUCAACAGGCAGGCGAUGAUUCACUUGGCCUCUUUGUAUCUCUUCAAGGUGGAAUCAUUCAUAUUGGACCAGGAGGACCUGGAUAACCCCAUCAUGAAGACAGCGUCAGAGUUGCUUUUAUCCAGCGCCACAGAUGGAGUAGAUUUGAGGACUGUUGAUCCAGAGACACAGGCCCGACUUGAAGCUCUCCUGGAAGCUGCAGGUAGGACGGCUUUGUCUGUGUUCUUAAUUCAGAAGUAGACUUGCUACAGUUCACCUCUGUUUGACCAGCACUUCACCGGCCACACCUAUCAUGCUGCAACAAGCCGUAGUUUGUGCUUUAACACUGACUAACUCCGAAGAAGUAAAUCCAUACGUAUUCUCAAGCCUUUUCCCCUAUUCCUUUCAAAUACCAACAGACGGUGAGCUUUUUAGCCCUUAGGCUGACAAAAAUAAAUAAAUAAGAGGACCUACCAGUUCUGCAAGUGUUGUAUCAGCACAUGGUUUGAAAGUGAUUGGGGAAAAUUAGUUUGAUUACAACUGGUAAUCUAAGAAGGUCUGUGUAGAUUAAUUCAUUAGGGCUGUGUGUCCUGGCCUCGUUUGGGCUUAUGAACAUUACCAGGCAGAUUAACGCUGCAACGCGCUUGAGCCUCCACAGCAUGCAGAGAGGCUGUGUUGAACAGCUAAUGGCUAAUCUCAUUCUACUCCCUUUUCUCCAUGACUAGUCGGAACAGAAGAGGUGGCGUAAGAUCUUUUAUGACUGUCAUUUGAUAAUAAUAAUAAUAAUAAUAAUAACAAGUUGAAUGGUUCAUCUGUAUUUUAGGUGUCUUAUCGUGGUUUGUACAGUACCAGCAAAGAAGGUUCUGAUUGGUUCUCAUUCAAAAACAACCUUGCUAUGUUUGCUGUACUUCAAAAGUAGCUUCUUUAGAUCAAUAACAUCCACAUCAUGUGUUGGUUGUAAACUUCAGGGAAAUUGGGCUUUGGAAAGAGAUAUUACAGCCAUUUUUGUUAAAUAUAAAGAUUCUCAUACAUGUCAUUUUAAGGAUUUCAUGGCAGUUUAGCCCUCUAAAUGGAUAAAAGGACUUAAGCACAUUUUCUUGCACUUCAUAAUCAUUGUGUCUUUUUUAUUUGACAAGUUAGUGAAGCCAAUAUAUCGUAAAACUUUGAUUCACGUGCUUACUUGUUGUUGCUGACAGGCGUUAUUUUUCCUAAAGGGAGAUGAGUAGAGGAAUAUAUCCAAAUGUUCUAGCAUAAAAAGGAAACUCUAUACAAAACUGUAGAUCCAAACAUUUAGUUAGUAUUUAAGUUGGUUGUAAAAUGUUGUCCAUGUUAUGUAAUUGCGAACUAUAGACUAUGAGUUACAUAUAUUCAGAUGCAUUUCCACUUGAUGAGCAUUUGAAGUGUUAACUACGCCUUUACUUUGGAUAUAUUUCUGUGUUAUGUAGUUAGGGGGAAAGGAUUUAAGCGGUGAAUUUCUGGUUAAACUAGAUGUCAGGAGAUACUCCAUAUGAAAGACCGCAGCUGUGGUAAAGAUCUGGUUAAACACUAUGAUACUAAUGUACUGGAGUUUAGGAAUGGCUCCAAAUAUUUGAUCUGUUUGACAAAACAUCUACUGUUGUGGGCAUUUUAACAAGACUUUGAAUUUCAAGCAAACCCUCAAAGAAAUGCAACAUGUUAGACCAGUCAUUGAUAAUUAAUGACAGCUAUUGAUACUGUUAACUAUACUUGGUUGACCUUGGACUACUUUCUUGACCAUGCUUUAUUCUCUUGUUAGUAGAGUGAUGUAAAACAUGAGGUAUCUAUUUAUUUUAAAGAGAGAAAAAAAACUUGAUUCUGACAGAGAGAAAAAGUUAAGACAGAUAGUUUUACAGAUCACUCUGAUGGAGCGUCCUCCAGUUAUGCAGAAGGGUCCGUUUUACCGUCACAGAGCUUAAAAUGUUCGUUGUAGUUUAAUGUAGAAGUAUUGAUAAUUUCAUUGCUGUGGUAAAAAUUAAAUAAGGUGUUGUACAAGGCUACAUGAUAUUGGGAGGAAAAUAGACUUGAACAAAUGGUAAGGAAGGUCCUGCCUUCAGCACAGUGCGUGUGUCCUCUGGUAAACUCCACCAUUUGUAUCUGCAUUGCAAGCGUCACUAGACUGUGCCUUUAAAACAACAACACCCCCCCAAAAAAACACAAAUGAGAAAAUUGCAUCAAAGCUUGAUCCACAGCCAGCAGAGCCAUAUGCUGAUUGACAGUCACUCCCCAGCCCAGCGUUGCUACUUGUGACCCCUCAACACUAAAACACAAACAUACUUACUUAUUUCACUUAACGUUCCUGUCCUUUGAAAACGGCUUGCUUUGUACAGCUUGAAGGGUGCAGGAAAACACCAUGGAGGUAUCGCUGAAUAGAAACAAAACUGUUUAUAGAAAUCAUUCUAGGGGUACUUUGAGAGCUAGAGCCUUGAAUUUUCUUUUUGGGGGACAUCUAGUUUCUCCUUUGGGAGUAUAAUCCAUUUUGGAUUGCUGUCUUGAUGCAGCUGUUUGUCGGUAGACUGUAGGCAAAGGUGUAUGUCAGUGGAGACGAGAAAGAUUUCAGUUUCCACCCUCAGUCGAGUGCAUUCACAGAUAGCUCCUCUGUAAAUUCAUGUUUUGACGCACGUAUUUCAUAGUGAUACCCUGCCAUACUAUAAUGGAAGAGAUACUUUAUUUUGUACCGCAGGGCUGAAACUCCAGCAAACUCUGACACUUCAAAGUACCACACUGAUAGAAAUGUAUUUGGCAAAAUUGUAAUUUCAUACUAAGGGAUAAUAAAAAAAAAAAAAACCCUAGAAAAAUGUUUUUGGAGCUGGUUGUAAAUGAAGUGUAUGAUGUAUUUUCAUUAAAACGAUAAUCAACUGCACAUGCAGCGAACAUUGGUAAGAAAAGUGUGUCUCUGUUUUCUGCAUGCUCCUGUCUUUAAACACAGUCUGUACAAUUACUAACUUUAUUUUUAACCAAACAAGUUUCAUAGAGGUCUUACAUUUCCUAUUCAAAUGGUGACUUAGUUAAGAAAAGAGAACCAAAGCAGAAAUACAGGACAAGAUAAUCAAACGCACACCAAGGUUUUUCGCAGCAAAUUUGAUCAGGGCUUACAUAAAAUGAUUCAUCAGUCAACUGCAAUAUUUUUUUCCUAGUUCAGUAUAUUUUCAGACGGCCCUGGAAUCAGUCCAUCCAAAAGAUUGUGGCCCAAACAGUGGACUACUCACUUUACGACGGCUCGCUACGUUUUCUAUGAUUAAAAUCAACAGAACAUUUCAAAUAAAAAGUUUAGACCUAGUUUUCCUGUACAGUGAGAAGCACCUGCCUCUUUCAUAUUCAUAUUAUGUUAAUAUGGCUAGGCUAAUAAUGAUGAUUAAAAAACAUGAAGGCAAAAUAUUUGCUCGAAACCCUUUGUUUAAAUGCAGAUGUUUGAAUGCACUGUGUAUUUUGGAGCAGUUUUAUUUUUAAACCAAUACAAUUAAGGCGCACAAUUAUUUUUCAUAUUCUACAAAUGUUAGAUGAUCUGGGUAUUUCUGUCUUGUAUGCAUGUUAUUGAGUCAAUUUCAGAGCACAUCGAUCUAUCAAUAUUGAAUCAAAUGGACAUUGAAGUGAAUUGUGACGCAAACAAUCACAAUCAGAUUGGAUUGAUGAGUUCUUGACAAUGACCAUUAUUGUUGUGAUCAAGUUUGGCUCCAAAGUAAUCCAUAGAGUUUAAGUGAAGGUGUCUUUUCAAACAGAUCACAGCACAUUUCAUACGACACUCUAAAGCUCAGCUAUGAUCUUUGGCUCUUAAAUGUAGUUGUAUUAUAUUUGUACAGGUAAAAGAUAAGCUAACGACUAUUUUAUCCCUUGGUAACAUUCAACAGUUCAUUAGUUGAGUGGGUAAACUUAAUUGCACAGCCUGGCUCGGUUUACACAAGGUGAUGUUGUAAGACACAAAGCACAAGGUAAACAGGGGUCUGUACAGGUGUUUUAUAUCAGCAUUAAAACUGUAAUGACGAUGAAACUAUAACUAGCACAUAUAGCCACAUUCGACCUCAUGCAACAGGUUUUAACAGACCAAGUUUGCCCCACCAUUUGCCCUACUUUAAUUUUUCUGAGCAUUACACAUUGCAGAUGAGGAGCGUAAUUAGAGUGUAAAUAGCCUGCUGUGAACUGGCAACAUAUGAGAGCCCUUUGAAAGGAUAGAUAGUCUCCAGAAAUAAAGGUAAAUAAAUACCAGCUGUACCUCCUUUGAUGCAGGUCACCGCAGAGAGAUUUAACAUAUAUAGUUGAAAUCUUUGUGUGGGAAAAACGCCUUAGUCAUGAUUGAGUUGGUCAGAACAGGAUACAAAUCCGGCUGAUAUUCCACUAAGUAAACCAAAGAACAGAAGUGAAGUAUUUUUCAAUCACUGUAUUUUGCAGUACACUCUGAUUUCACGAUGUCUUGUUAUUUCAGUUUCCAGAAUAGCCAUGCAGGGAUCUUACAUCAAGUGAUAUUGUUAUAAACUUCAUGCCACUGAUAGAGCAGGAAAAACUUUGUCCAUGUCUCCUACAGACUUAUUUACAUCUGUGUAUACAUGUUUUAAUGUUGAUGCACAGUAAAGAUGUCAGUUUAAUGUGAACCUUGUGAAAACAACUAUGUCCUAAUUCAAGUCUCUCUCAUAAAUUACACUUGAGUAAGUAUAAGUCUUGGUAUAAAUGCGAAUUUUGUACUCUGUAUUUGAGCCCAACCAUUUAGAAGCACAUCUCGUCAGUGUAAACAUGUCAGAGUUAGGAGGGCAGUAGCUCUGGAGACGGUUCUUGUGGGCAAACACCUUGUGUAUCUCUUACGUUCUUGAUUUAGACUAGACUUCAUGGACGCAGACACCCCUGUGCAGCGCUGCUAAGGCAAGGCAUGUCUCAGUCCAGAUGAGUUUCAUGUGCCGAUUUAAAAACGUAAUGAAGUUUUUAGUCAGUGUGUUACUGAGAAUCUAAUUUGAAAAAAAAGAUGCGAUUUGUUUCUGUCUUGCCUUGUUGGAAGAGAAAGUUCAGAAAGUUAAACAGAUUGACAACUUCACUUCUUGACAUCACAAUAACAGAUGACAGCUGCUUUUGUUAAAGAUUUCUGAGAGGUUCAAUGUUGGCUUUCUUGCAAUUUUACGUGGGCUGCUCUAAAAAAAAAAAGACACUCACUGAAAUUUUAAUUAGUAACUUGGAUAAAAAUGUUUAUUGAGAUUGAAUCAUGUGCUGCUGGUGCUGUCGGUGUGGGCAGCCGAGUGGCUCGCCAGUAACUUGUUUCAGUUAAAAGAAAACAAAAAUAUUUUCUGGUUUUUCAAGUUACAGCCUUGACCUCAGAAGAGCUCAAUGUCCAUUCAGCUCACUCAAGAGAGUUAACCCGAAUACAGGAGUUAGUUCCUCUGAGUCUGAUUUAGGCAUGCAGAUAAAGUUGAUGUUUUUUUGUUUUCGCAUAAAAAAAAAGGCUGGAAAAAAGUGAACUGUUUACAGUCAGGAUCUUAAACUCCAACGAAUGUUCUGUCUGUUUUGGUUCAGUCAGUGUGCUUUUUGCUUCUUGUCUGAGAUAAACAUAAUACAGUAAAACAUUAAUGAUCAACUUCCUCGACCUCUCGCUUCUCUCUGCCUUGGGGAUCAUUGCGAAAUCCAUGUCUGAGAUCCAUGCUAAGUUUAGCUUGAGUCACAGGCCUAGUGGUAAAAACACAGGAGGACCACAAAGACUAGAGCUCACUUCUGUCUGUCUGGCUAAAAGCAAGGGUGAGACUAAGGAAGGGAAAAACUACAACUAAAAUACUUCAACUCUUCUUUUUACACAUGCUCUGUUGCUGCUACGCUCAACACAAACACUUAAAUAGUUUCUCUGGUUAGGAAAUGAUCCUCGGUCUGUCCCCUUAAAGGGAUCUCACAAUGUAGGUCAAUAGCAAUAGCUGCAUGUUUCCUCCUGCUAACUCUUCCCUCUUGUUUCCCUCUUUGGCUUCUCCUCUCUUUAAUGAAAAAAAAAAAAACAUACACAAACACAUUUUUCUCUCUUUUGGCAUUUUGUUUUCCUCCCAGCUGUGCUUUCCUCUCAUGCUGACCACUGUCUCCAGUGUGUUUCUCUUACAUUCACUGCCUUUUACCCAUCUAUAAUUCACACAGGAUGAGUCUCUUUUCUCUUUUACCAUGAACAGUCUGAACCUUAGUCGACUAGCCUAUAAAACUAACUCCUAUUCAUCACUGUAUUCAUUGUUGGGCUGGUCACCGAUCUGUUUUACAAGGCUUUAAGGCUUUAUAGUCCUCAUUAUGUGUAGACCAAUCACAGGCCACAAAAUAGGAAAUAAGAAUCAUAGAUGGUGUAUUGAAACUAGUGGAAAGACAUUAAGCCAUAUUAACCGAUGCUUGUGUGUGUUUUCUGUGUGUGUGUGUGUGCGUGUUUUUCUCUUUUUCCUCUUUUGCGUAUGCUGCUACUAACCCUGGAUUGGAUUGGCUGGACUGGACUUGCUUCUUCAUCUGGUCUGGUGUGGUUGUGCUCCCCAUGUGGUUUGCCUUGCCCUACGCAUCUCCGCCCUUUUGAUGUCCGGCAGGCAUCGGUAAACUGUCCACUGCCGAUGGUAAAGCUUUUGCAGACCCUGAGGUGCUACGGCGACUGACGUCAUCUGUGAGUUGCGCGCUGGACGAGGCCGCUGCAGCCCUGACCCGCAUGAGAGCUGAAAACACACUCAACGCCGGCCAAGCCGACAAGUAUGUAUCUUAAUACAAUUAUUCUCUUUAAGAUUAAGCUGAAGUUAAACACACAGUAUGUUUGCAUGUGCGUGCGUGUGUGUGUGUUUGCUCCAUGGGAGUGAAUGUGAGGCGUGUUUGCGUUGACCUGUCACAGAAGCAGUAAUUGUAGCAGUCUGGUUAUUUUCAGCCGUAGUUUAGCAGAGGCGUGCUCCGACGGGGAUGUCAAUGCUGUGCGCAAACUGCUGGAUGAGGGAAGAAGCGUCAAUGAACACACAGAGGAAGGAGAGAGCCUGCUGUGCCUCGCCUGCUCAGCUGGCUACUAUGAACUCGCACAGGUGUGUAAGCAGAAACGCAGGAUGAGUUGUUAUUAAGAAUUAUUGUGAUGGAUUGCAGUGGAUAUAUACUAAAGUGUAAGUCAUUGUCUCCAGUUGUUCACUGUCACGUCUCCAAGUUCAUUUUUAACUUAAUCGCAUACCUUUUCAGGUUUUGUUGGCCAUGCAUGCAAAUGUGGAGGAUCGGGGCAUCAAGGGGGACAUAACGCCACUGAUGGCUGCUGCCAGCGGAGGUUAUGUGGACAUUGUCAAAUUGCUUCUGGUCCACGGAGCAGAUGUUAAUGCACAGUCCUCCACAGGUAAAACCCCCUGUUCACUUUUCCACAGUCAGGAUCAUUCUCUUUGACGGGACGUCCCUUUCAGUGCGAGUAAUCUCUGACCUGUCUUUUUAGGUAACACAGCUCUGACGUACGCAUGUGCCGGUGGCUUUGUGGACGUGGUGAAGGUGCUUCUGAAAGAGGGUGCUAAUAUUGAGGACCACAAUGAGAACGGACACACACCUCUUAUGGAGGCGGCCAGCGCAGGUCACGUAGAGGUGGCCAGGGUACUCCUAGAGUAUGGCGCUGGGAUCAACACACACUCCAACGAGUUCAAAGAGAGCGCUCUCACACUCGCAUGCUACAAAGGUCAGAAUCCAAGUACCCUGUUUGUCAUUUUGGUUAUCUCAAAAUCACUUCCAAAAUCUAAAGUCUAGGAACAGAGUUUGUUGCUGCAUCCACAGAUGCUGUACCAUUCAGAAAGGGCACCAUGUUCAAACCUUGGUUACUUCUCAGGGCCUAAGCCUGUUAAAGAUGGACUACAGACACUGUACAUACAGUGUCUGUAGUCAGUGUACGGAUAUAGUAAGAAUAGUAAGAAGACGCCAGACUCCAUUUUGCACAUAGUAUAGUGGAAGAGUCUGUGUGCCGCAUUGGUCAGCUUAUACUCCCAACUUGUCACCUAUUAGAUUAAUAUUUGGAGCAAUAUGACACAAAAAAUAUGACAAGGAGACCCCCAAAUUUCAAGUAGCUGAUAUCCACAUGAGGUAAAAUGGAACAACAUUUAAUCUUAAAACUCUAAAGUGGUCUCCUCGCUUCCACAACAUUCAGUGUUGUUACAGAAGAUUCAAUGCAACAGCUAGCACGCCCCUGUUCCAAAUGUGCUGAAAUAUGAGCAUUUCAUUUUCUCAAUUUCAAUGAGCAUACAUUUUUCACAGUACGGUAAGAUCUGUCAGUUUGAACAUUUGAUUUGUUGUAUUUGCAUUUGAUUAAACUGAAUAUAGACUUAGAAAGAUUUGCAGCCCAUCCUUUUCUAUUUCUCAUCAACAUUGUAAGUGCAGUUGUGGACUCUCUUUAAUUCUAUGUUUGUUUUUUUGUUGUUGUCAGUGAUUUAAGGCUGAGGGAAUCUGCUGUUGUCUCCUGCAGGUCACUUGGAUAUGGUGCGAUUUUUGUUGGAGGCUGGAGCAGACCAGGAACAUAAAACAGAUGAGAUGCACACAGCACUGAUGGAGGCGUGCAUGGUGAGCAUCUGACCCAAACCUACAAUAUAAUUUUUUUUUAGGAUCAGUUCUCAAUGCCACAUGGAUUUUUGCUCUUAUCUAUAUAAAAUAUACACUAGUUUGAGAUGAAGUUUUAGGGUUUCAUAGACAGUGUUUUAGUAUUAUUCUAAUGCAGGCUUCUGUCUUCUCAUUUGGUGCCUUGAAUGCACUUCUAUCGAAAAACAUUUAUAAGCCAAAACAAACUAUAUAUAAUAUUUAUAUUUAUUAACUCUUAUUUGGAAUCACUUUAUGAUCAAGUUGGAGUCCCCCAUUUCAAAAGUGAACCGUGAAGAGCCCAUCUAUUAGUUCAGGUGCUUAUCUCCACUUUCUCUGUGUGUCUCGCUGUCCCAGGACGGCCAUGUGGAGGUGGCAAGGCUGCUGUUGGACAGCGGAGCGCAGGUCAACAUGCCAGCAGAUUCCUUUGAGUCGCCCCUCACUCUCGCAGCCUGCGGGGGACAUGUGGAGCUGGCAGCCUUGCUCAUUGAGAGAGGAGCCAACUUGGAGGAGGUUUGUAAAAAUAAAAAAAAGAGAGAAAAAAGAAACUUAAAUGUAAACAUGGGACAGAAUAUAAAAUACUGGAUAGGAUGCAUUUUUCAGUUUUCAUCCUGGAGCUGUGUCUGUAAAUAUGAAACAAAUGUUUGAUCUCACAUUGAUGUUAGAGUUUACUAGACCUCAUCUCCAUGAUAAAUGAUGCAUUGAUACAUUAUAUGAAAUACUACACAAGGCCAAGGCUUAAAUUAAAAGAUGUUUAGCUGUAAAUGUGAAUAUUUAGAUUUAUUAAAAUUUAAGAUCCAAACUUGUUCAUCUCUUUAUUUAAAAAAAGAACACAACAAAAGGGAAAGCAAGAGCACUGAAAAAGUCCUUUGUUUGAAUGUCACUGCUGUAAUUAAUGCCUCAACAAAAAACAUUCAGCAAUCAGGAAGCAGACUCAGUCACAGGAUAUCAAGCAAAAUGACAUUGCGUCAGAUUUUCACAGUGUCUGCUCUCACACCAAACACUCUAUCUUAAGAUGUUGACUCUAUCAAUACCAGCUGGUUUUUGGUUUCCCAUCCUGACUGAUAGUACAGUGAAUCAAAAGACAAGCUGGGCUCUACACCACAGAGCUGUCUUGCAGUGAGUCAUACUCGCCCUUAUUUUCUCUUGUGAGCUAAUGGGUCUGUUUGUGUCCAGGUCAAUGAUGAGGGCUACACCCCUCUGAUGGAAGCAGCUAGAGAAGGCCAUGAGGAGAUGGUAGCACUGCUGCUGGCUCAAGGUAAGAAAGCUGGGCUCUUUCAUCAAGGAAAUGAAAACCUGAUAUGAGAUGCCUUUCCAGUAAAUAGUGCAUCAUUGUUUGGAUUUGUUUGGUCACCAUAGUUCCCCUCUCAGUGCAGAAAUGACACAAUCAAGAGUGUAAUCUGUGAAAUUAUAUUGGCCUACAUCCUAUUUUUAAAAGCAUGCUCUGUUUUGCACUAAAUGAUAACAAAUGAGACACUGAUCACAAACUGCUUUGCUCUUAUGUCAAGGUGCUAACAUCAACGCCCAGACAGAGGAGACCCAGGAGACGGCUCUGACUCUGGCAUGCUGUGGGGGCUUCCUGGAAGUGGCUGACUUUCUCAUCAAGGCGGGCGCAGACAUCGAGUUGGGAUGUUCCACACCUCUAAUGGAAGCUGCACAGGAGGGCCACCUGGAGUUGGUGAAAUACCUUCUGGCUGCAGGUGAGCUGAAGGAGAGGAAGAUGAGAGCUGCAGAUGUAGGUGGUUGUAGUUUUAAAUGUGUAAUUACAUCCUCAUCCCUAUGUUUUGUCAUUCAGGGGCAAAUGUUCAUGCCACCACAGCAACAGGGGACACAGCAUUGACAUAUGCCUGUGAGAAUGGACACACUGAUGUGGCGGAUGUGCUUCUGCAGGCUGGAGCCAACUUGGUACCUACAAUUUGUCUCUUAUGUUUCGUAAACAUUAAAAUAAAAUUUCCAGGGUUGUGAUUCUUUCAGUCUUAUCUGGAACUGCAAAGUUUUUGACCUCAAAGAGUGACUCACAAGAGUCAUGGUGACCAUUUAAAAAACACAUUUAAAAGAACGAGGUGAUAAGCUUUUGAGUGAAAAGGGAGAAUCUCAGUGCAUCCAGGCUUAAGGCCGUACCUUACACUUCCAUGUGGGAUUCAUGCUAAUGUUGGUAAAGAGUCUUUAAAUGUCUUUAACAGAAUAUAAAUAUUGAUUUAAUGAAAUAAUGUAUUUGCUGGUGGGUUGGGGUCAGUAUUUUCCUGCUUUCUUGUCCAAUGCAUAUCACAUCUGUGCACUAGACCAAGGAGUAAUUCAUGCACUGAGUCUUUCCUGUCCAGAUGUAUUGCAGUUGAACUGAAUACAUUGUAAGGUUGAGGGUUUCCUGCUGCACUAAACUUACAUUUCUUUCCCGUUGUCUUUCAGGAACAUGAGUCUGAGGGAGGGCGGACGCCCUUAAUGAAGGCAGCAAGGGCGGGACAUCUCUGUACAGUUCAGUUCCUUAUCAGCAAAGGUACGAGCUGUUGACACAAAUAGAGUGAUAUAUAAAGAGGUUCCUGUUUGUAAUUGAACGUCAUUACCUAGACAUGGCAACACUGUAAAGCUGCAGUUUGUGAAACACCCCAGUCCAGUCCAGACUUAGGCAGUUUGAGGAAAAAUCAGCAUUUAGCAGCAGAUAGAUGCUGAUAGAUGAUUAAAGCUUUAAAGAAAAAAACAUUUAGAAAUGAAGUUUUGAUGACUUAAACCACCUGACUGGAGUCAGUCGAGAACUUCACUUUACUCACUUUCUUGAUGCUUGAAUUACAGUUGAUUUUUAAUAGUUUGUUUUUGAGUGUUUGCAGAUACAGUUAAAAUCUUGUAGCUCAAGUAUGAUGUUGAAGAUUUUAAUCUUAUUGACCCACUAUGGUGAGUUCUCAUGAUGACCUACAUUUACAUUCUGCUCUUGUUUAGGUGCUAAUGUGAACAGAGCUACUGCCAACAACGAUCACACAGUGGUGUCUCUGGCCUGUGCUGGAGGACAUCUGGCUGUGGUGGAGCUGCUGUUGGCGCAUGGGGCGGAUCCCACACACAGACUCAAAGUAAUGCUCACACUCGCUCUCGCACACUGGAUUUUAUUACGACAAGUCAGACUGAUUAUGGUGUGUGAAGUCAAACACGUCAUUGAAACAUGUUUGCUCUCUCUUUGUAGGACGGUUCAACCAUGUUGAUAGAAGCUGCUAAAGGUGGCCACACCAAUGUGGUUUCCUACCUGUUGGACUAUCCCAACAACAUCCUGUCUGUCCCAGCCCCUGACCUCUCCCAGCUCACCCCUCCCUCGCAAGAUGCCUCUCAGGUACGUGGAGGGAUAAGUUCUACAUUUAAAUAAUGUUCACACUGGGAAAAAGAAAACAAUAAAAAAAAAACCAAAACUUCUUUCUGAAUACUAUACUAUACAAAUACCAACAUGUCCUCUGCUGGCACAGGUUCCUCGUGUCCCAUUCCAAGCUCUCGCCAUGGUAGUGCCCCCUCAGGAGCCCGACCGAGCCCCAUCAAACAUCGCCACACCCCCACCUGUCUCAAGCAAAGGUAUUCGGCGCUUUGUCCCAUCACCGGUGAGAAUUCUAGCAAAAUGGCGUUUCAGAAUUCACUCAACUCUGUUUUUUGUUCAAAUCCAGGCGUUUCCAAACAGAGACAGGCGGCCCUUCAGCCCGGUGUCCCCAGCACAGUCGGCCGGGGGCCUGAAGCAGAGCCUCUGCCGCCCUUCCACUUGUGCCAGCCUCUAGAGUGCAUUGUGGAGGAGACGGAGGGAAAGCUGAACGAGCUGGGACAGAGAAUCAGCGCUAUCGAGAAGGCUCAGCUUCAGUCGCUAGAACUCAUUCAGGGGGAGCCGCUCACCAAAGACAAGAUUGAGGAGCUGAAGAAGAGCCGAGAGGAGCAGGUACAAUCAAUCAUUCACCGAAGAUCUUGAUGAUUGUGAAUUUACUUUUGAUGGGUUCUGAUGAGUAGAGCCGAAAACAAUAAUUCACACUGAAAUAUUGUGCAGCGUGAAUCGCAUUGCAUAUAUCAGUACUUGUCAAACAAGGAUGUGGCUGUUGUCCACCUAGGUGCAGAAGAAGAAGAAAAUCUUGAAGGAGCUGCAGAAAGUGGAGCGCCAGCUGCAGCUUAAAACACAGCAACAGUUUACCAAAGAGUACAUGGAGGCGAAGGGUUUAAAGGAGGAGCAGGAGGCUGGACAAAGCCAGGGUCCGGGUCCGGGACCUGGAACUACAACACCGGCUCCAGGCCCUCUUCCCGCAGCACCAGGUGCCCUUGUGCAUACCGGCUCUGACACAGAUGAGGAGGCCAACAAAGACGGCAAACAGGAAGAGCAGCUGGGAGAAGACGGGGAGGAGGUCAGCCCCUUUGUAUGAAGUGUAACCAGUAUGAUUGUGUCUGAUUCCUCUGAUCUUCAUGUUAACUGAGUGGUUUAAUCGUGUUUUUUUUGUGUUUUUUUUCUUGUAGGACGAGGAAGAGGAUGACGAAGAGGAGGGUUCUGAGGAAGAAGCAGAUGGAGAAGAGGACGAUUACCCUAAGCUUCCUCAGGUUGGCACAAUCCUCUACAGGGAUGGGCCACAGCCACCACAGCAGCCUCCUCUACCCCCCUCACCACAGGCACAGCCCCAGCCCCCUCCCCCGCCUCUUCAGGCUGCCUUCGUCCCCAUCCAACCCCUCCCGGACUACAACCCCGCCGAUUACCCGGGCAGCACCAGCCCAGAGCUGCAGAGGGUACUGGUGGGGCAGCAGAUGCUGGGCCAACAGCAGCAGGGUCAACAGCUGGCCGGUUUGGGCCCAGGAAUGAUACCUCAGCAGGCUCCAGAUGGGCUCAUGGUCGCUACACCUGCACAGACGCUCACAGACACGCUUGAUGACAUCAUGGCAGGUAAGUGUUUUUCCUGGUUUUCUUCAACUUAGUUGUGGACUCCUUGGAUUUAAGGGUGUUCAAAGUCCUGGACCUGCCUGUUUCUAUAAGAGUCUUCUCCUUCCAUUGCAGCUGUGAGCAGCCGUGUGCCCAUGCUGAACACUACAACCUCACCCACACCCCUCUCCCAGCCACCCACACAGAUGCCCGCAAACAUCGCCUCGCCCCCUUCGGUUCUGCCCCUUUACCCCUCGGUUGACAUCGAUGCACAUGUAAGAUAUAAUAACAUUUUGACAUUAGAUAAAUCUCAAUAUUGAGAGUCACUCUGUUAAAAGCAUUUGCUUCCUCACCAGACGGAGAGUAACCAUGACACAGCGCUAACGCUGGCGUGUGCAGGCGGACACGAGGAACUGGUGUCUGUCCUCAUCGCACGGGGAGCGAACAUUGAGCACCGGGAUAAAAAAGGUCUGAUUUCAGCAAGAGACAUUUUCAUGGUUCUGUUAAAAAAGAUUUUAUUUCACACCUAGUUUGUGUGAUGAGUCUGUGGUUAAAAACCCUCGUUUUCUUCUUUCUGGACAGGUUUUACUCCUUUGAUCCUGGCUGCUACCGCUGGUCAUGUCGGAGUCGUGGAAGUUCUCCUGGACAAAGGCGGAGACAUUGAGGCUCAGUCAGAGAGAACCAAAGACACGCCCCUGUCCCUGGCCUGCUCUGGGGGUCGGCAGGAGGUAAACACAUUGUUUGUGACAUUACUGUCACAAAAGCGACAUCUUCAGUGACGUUAAACCUGUUCAUGAUUUUACCUGCGCUGUUGUACUGACGCGUGUGUCUGUCAGGUGGUUGAGCUGCUGCUGCUCCGGGGAGCCAAUAAGGAACACCGCAAUGUUUCUGACUACACGCCUCUCAGCUUGGCAGCAUCCGGGGGUUACGUCAACAUCAUCAAGAUACUCCUCAAUGCUGGAGCUGAAAUUAACUCCAGGUGAGGGGAAUAUACAAAUAUUCCUCUUUGACCUAUAAUGUUUAAAACCUAUACUAGAGAUUCAUAUGUAGGGCAAAACUUCUCCCAUAUCUUUAUGGCAAAAAUAACUGGAAAUUGUUUUCCUCUUAUAAACUCAAAUAACAAAAUAAGGCAUCUUCUUCAAAACGAUGAUUAAAGCAUUUGACACCUUGAUAAAUUGUUGUAAACGCUUGUACGUUAUGUUCCUGAAAAUGAAGAUUUUCUCCAGAGCAUAGACACAUUCUCAUUUGUCUGCUUUACAUUUCUUUACAUGGCGUGUGACUUUUGUUUUCUAAACCAUUUAUUGACUAAUAAUUCGUUAUGUUUGUUUGGACCACCAGGACUGGCAGUAAACUGGGAAUCUCUCCUCUGAUGCUAGCAGCCAUGAACGGUCAUGUACCUGCAGUAAAGCUGUUGCUUGAUAUGGGCUCAGACAUCAACGCCCAGAUUGAGACCAACAGGAACACAGCUUUGACUCUGGCCUGCUUCCAGGGGCGGGCUGAGGUCGUCAGUCUGCUGCUGGAUCGCAAAGCCAACGUGGAGCAUCGUGCUAAGGUGAGUGGUGUAGACGUUCACUGAGCCAUCUUCCAAACCUUAUGAAGGAUUUUUGUCAAAUAUUACGCUACACUGACUGAGUGUGUAAUGUGGCUGACCUAACGCUGGCUUUUCGCCUUUUGCAGACUGGUCUCACUCCUCUGAUGGAGGCAGCCUCGGGAGGUUACGCUGAGGUGGGCCGAGUGCUGCUGGACAAAGGUGCCGAUGUCAACGCUCCCCCUGUUCCCUCAUCCCGUGACACCGCCCUCACCAUUGCUGCAGACAAGGGCCACUACAAGUUUUGUGAGCUGCUUAUCAACAGGUGAGUGCUGUUCUAGCGCUCUGUGUGUGUUCUUAACCCUCGGUUCGGACUAUGUCUGUUUUGAGGACGUUGUUUUGAGUUGAUAGUCACAUUUUUAUAAAUUGUGGCAUCAAAAGUUAUUAUUUUUAUACAUAUUUAAAAAAGCAAAAAACAUGUUGCCUAUAGAAGUCUAUUGACCUGAGAUAGCUCCAUCCAGCCUUGUUUGUCCGAACAUGUUUUUGGACUCUGUUUAUGGCACCAAAAAAAUCAUAUAGCAGUCAUCAAAUCACGCAGUGUGUUUGAAGCACUGUUUCAUCCACUAAACACCAUCAGAUUUAAAUGAAACGAUAUUUGCCUCUAGAUAUGGAUGUCUGAGAGUGGGCAACAUGUGUAAGGAAAACUUUGUGUGCUCCUUUGUGUGUGCUGGAGUGCGAAUCUGUGUCAGUUUAUAACUGUACGCGUUGUGAGCGGAGUUUUUACAGUUGGAAAAUUCCAUGUCCAAUUUUUGCAAUCUGGAACUAGGAAAGAGGGACAUUUGGACAAUUUUAACUUUUCCCUCACUCCACAGCAACUGGAUGGACAUGCAUGAGGAUGCAUGAGUCCUUUCGAUCAAAAAGAGAGAAUAUCUCACAUCUCUAUAAUGCAGUAAAGUUAUAUAUGCACAUAAUCAGUGUAAUCGCAGUCAUAUUUUGGUUAGAGGUGGAAAAGAACUUGUAAAUGAUUCCUAUCUUGCAUAUAUCCUCGGCACACUUAUGAUUUGGUAGAAGACGAGGCUCGAGGAAAGCAGGUAAAACUGGCGUGUUUUUCCGCUCCGAUAGACUCAUCUGUUUAGUAAGCACACUUUCUUAAUGAAUCCAAGUCUUUAUGACAUGGCGCACAACAGCUGACAUAAAAAGGGUGGUACAUUGAGUUUUUAUUAAUUUCUUUAUAAAUUGUUAUGGUCAGGGCUGAAAUUGUUGAAGAGAUUUGAGUCAGUGAAAGUAAAAAGAAGAAGGAAAACGUAUUUUAUUAGCACUUGUUUUCUGCAUGUCCGAUUUGGAGACAAACAAGGACAGAUGGAGCUUAAAAUGACGAGGAACCGAGGGUUCAGCAGAACUGCAGUCAAUUUACUCACAGGGAAAUUCUCAGUUGCCUCUGUUUUUAGUUGUGGUUGGGUUAUUCCUGCAGCUGAGGGUUUACAAGUACAGUCUGAGCCUUUCUCACAUUGUGUUCUCACACUUUCACGCUGAAGGAGUCUGAUGGCAUGAUUACUUUGCCGAUGGGAAUCAGACAUCAUCCGUAGAUUUUUGCCUGCUUCUAAUGAACAUGUUGUGUCUCCCGGAUAUUUCAAUCAUGGUACCUUUUUUAUGAUUCCUUGAAUUGAAAACCCUUUCGCAUCUUUGCAGGGGUGCCCAUAUCGAUGUAAGAAACAAGAAAGGGAACACUCCUCUCUGGCUGGCAGGAAAUGGCGGUCAUUUUGACGUGGUCCAGCUCUUGGUGCAUGCUAGUGCUGAUGUGGACGCAGCUGAUAACCGCAAGAUCACCCCACUCAUGGCUGCUUUUCGCAAGGUGCAGAUUUCAGCCAAACACAAAAUAUUGAUGUGUCAUCAUGCUACAUUCUGGAAAGCUUCCACUUACUAAUAUUUACUUACCAUUUUAGGGUCAUGUGAAGGUGGUCCAGUAUCUCGUGAAGGAAGUUAACCAAUUCCCAUCAGAUAUUGAGUGCAUGAGAUAUAUCGCCACCAUUGCAGACAAGGUAGGUGUUUCUAUAUUCAGUGAUUAGCGUGCCUUAUCAACUGGAACUGACAGAGAUUAUGAAGAUGUUAGCAGAGCCCUGACUCAAGUUGAUUGUUUUCUGUUUUUAAAGGAGCUGUUGAAGAAAUGCCACCAGUGCAUGGAGACCAUUGUCAAAGCCAAAGACCAGCAGGCAGCUGAGGCGAACAAAAACGCUAGCAUUCUCCUGAAAGAGCUCGACCUGGAGAAGGUAAUUUGUGGACUCUCAUCUCUGGGCUUUAAAUGCGCAGGAGGAGCAUGAGUGUGAUCUUGAAUUUCUCUGUGCCGUGUAACAGUCUCGGGAGGAGAGCAAGAAGCAGGCCCUGGCUGCUAAACGUGAGAAGCGUAAGGAGAAACGCAAGAAGAAGAAGGAGGAGCAAAAGAGGAAGCAGGAGGAAGAGGAGGGUCAGAAAACCAAGGAGAACACCUCUGAUAUGCUUGAACAGAAGGAGGAUUCAGCUGAAGGUACAUUUUUAUGACUGUCACUGUUGAAUAAAUCACUGAGUGGUCAUUUUAUAAUGCUCACAGAUCUGUGUUGUUGAACUCUUGUCUGAUUUUCUUCACCUUCCCUGCCUUAGAAUCAGAGGUUCCUAUUGAGCCUCCCAGUGCAACCACCACCACUACCAUCGGUAUAUCUGCCACCUCCACCACUUUCACUACAGCUUUCGGUAAGAAGCGAGCGAGUGUGGCCACUACCCCAAGCACCAAUCGCAAGAACAAAAAGAACAAGACCAAGGACUCGCCUAAUGAACCCAUCAUACUACAAGAUCCACAGGUGAGCACGAGAGCUUUUGUCUCGGCUUGAUCACAAUGCAUCAUGUAGAUCUGAUUCUCAAGACUAGAGUUAACUGUGCACUUGUCACCCUCUAGGUUGCACUAGCGCAGCAUAAGGCUGACAAGAACAAGAUCCAUGGUGAGCCACGGGGCGGGGGUGGGGGAGUGGCAGGCGGCAACAGCGAUUCUGACCCUUUGGAUAGCACCGACUGUGCCAGUGAGAGCAGCAGCAGCGGGGGCAAGAGUCAGGAGCUCAACUACCUCCCCGACCUCACCUCCUCCGCCUCCUCCUCUUCCUCUUCUUCCUCCUCCUCCUCCUCCUCAGCCCCCUCCUCGGGAGCAGCCCAGUCCCAGGCCCUCCUGCGCGGCCCAGAGAAGAGACAUUGUCCUCAGCCACAGACCGAUGGCAAAGUGGACAACAAGGUCACAGUCUCCAUCUCCAAAGCAACGCAAAAGUGAGUCCCUCAUCCAUUAAAGCACAUCUACCUUCAGUGUGACAGUCAGCCUCUUCUUUGUGGGUUUCUGCUCAAGUAGAAAACAACAGUUAUUUGAUUGUAGUUGGAUUCUCACUACACUACGAUGUGCACGCCAACAUGUCGAAUAACAGUGUUUUUCUUUAUUAGUGUGAGUCAAAUUAAAAUGGAGCUUCACUUGUUUUGUCACAGAGCUCCGGAUACAAACGACUCCACCUCCAACUCCCUGCCCUCUCCGUUCAAGACCAUGGCUUUGCCCGUCACCUCACCCAACAGUAAACUCAGCCUCACGAGCCCCAAGAGAGGCCAGAAGCGAGAAGAAGGUUGGAAGGAGGUGGUUAGAAGGUCAGUGGUUCAUUUAUUUCUGCUCAUUGGCUCAGGAAGUUUUAUUCUGUAUGUUUAAAUCUAGAAGAGAAGUUCUCUGUUUUGUUGGUUUCAGCUGACAAAAAUUACAGCCAGUUCAUUAUUUUAAAAAAAAAUGUCACUGCUUGUUUUCACAGAUCAAAGAAGCUGUCGGUGCCGGCCUCUGUCGUGUCUCGGAUCAUGGGCAGAGGAGGCUGCAACAUCACAGCCAUCCAGGACGUGACAGGAGCUCACAUCGAUGUAGAUAAACAGAAGGACAAAAACGGGGAGAGGAUGAUUACCAUCAGGUAAAAAUAAUGCCCUCUAGUGGACACUCAGUGCCAAUGCAGCUGGAGGAUGCUCCAAAAUUUUAAGCUCCUUAUGAAUGAUGUCUGUUGUUUCAGUGUCUCUCUCUGUUUGGCGAGUUAAAUUCAGAGUUGUGCAAAUUUUUAUCCUCCUGACUUAAUUUUCAUCUGACAUCUUUCUGUUGUCUGAUUUGUCACUGUAUGAAUACCUUAUGCAUUAAAAUGGCAUGAAGGCUGGUCAGCCAUUCUUGGCCUGCAAAGUGCAAUUAAAAAAAGAAAAGAAAUAAACAGCAAUGUCCUCAAACAUAGACUUUAACAUGUGGAGUUUAGACUUUGGUUAAAUAUAGGUUUGUCCAGCUGGAUUCUGCUCUCAGAAAAUACGUCUCAUUUUCUCUUCAUUUCAACUCAAACAGUCCUUGACUAAGUAACUGUCACCUUUUCUUUGUGGUAGCAGAGGAUUUUAGUCUAAACAAAGGUUUUACUUUUGUUUCAGGGGAGGCACGGAGUCUACAAGGUAUGCAGUCCAGCUGAUCAAUGCUCUCAUCCAAGACCCAGCCAAAGAGCUUGAAGAUCUGAUCCCCCGAAAUCACAUCAGAGCCCCAGGCUCCAAAACCACCUCAGCGUCCUUCCCCAGUACUACAGGGGCCACCAGCGGCUCAGCCACUGGGCCCAAGGCCCUGAGCUCAUUGGUCACCUCCACAGGAGUCUCGUUCCAGCCCUCUUCAUCCUCAUCUUCAUCCUCCUCUCAGGUCGGGGGAAAGAUCGGAAAGGGACUUUCAUCGAAUGUCAGGCAGCCUUUCCCUGUGUCACUGCCCCUGGCAUAUGCCCACCCUCAGCUGGCUCUACUGGCAGCUCAGACCAUGCACCAGAUCAGACACCCUCGUCUGCCCAUGGCACAGUUCGGAGGCACGUUCUCUCCCGCUGCUAGUACCUGGGGACCCUUCCCUGUGCGCCCUGUGAGUCCUGGAAGUGCUAACAGUUCCCCUAAACACAACGGAGGAACCAACAGCACUACUGGUCAGGCCAGACCCAACUCCACCCACAGUGAGCACAGCAGCACAGCCAGCUCAGGAGCCUCAGUCAAAACUACCAACACCACCACCACCAGUGCUCCUAACACGUCUACGGCUGCAGCCUCGCCUCAUACCCCCAACCCCACACCAUACAACCCCCAGCCCAGCGUUCCCACUCCCAGCUCCGUAAGGAAACAGCUCUUCGCCCCUGAUCCUAAACCUGCUGGCGUCACCCCCGUGUCUGCUGCUGCCACUUCGACCAGCAGCAGUAAUGCAGUACGAGGCACAGGUUCUCCUGCACAUCACAGCUCCACUACAACUACCGCAAACACCCCUCAACAGCCUGUAGGACCCAUCCUUCAGCCCCCCAUCCAGCCCUCUAAAACAGAGCCCAGUACUGUGGCUCUGCCUGGAAAAGACAAGCCCACUCUGCCUGUAGAGAAUCAGCCUGUUUCUGCGAGUGAGAGCAUCAACUCUGUGGGAUUCUCCACACCCACGAUGGCUCUGCCUCCCAAGCCGGAGCCUCGACAGCAGUUACCUCCCCCUCCCUCCUCUGCACCAUCUUCAGAGGCUCCACCAGCUCUCCUUAACCCCCAGCACAGCUCUCACCUCCCCUCAGCACCUCCUCCGGUCCUUUCACACAAUGUUGCACAUCCUAACAACACUGUACCACACUUCUCAGCCCCUGCACCCAGAGUCUCCCAUCGUAUGCAGCCACCAGGGCCUUACUACUCCCUUCCUGAGCAGCAACAGCAGCAGCAGUCGCAACAGCAACAAUCUGUUUUCGUGCCCUUCAGCGCUCAGCAAGAACCCGCUAAACAGACCCAAAAUCAGACGUCUCAGCCCACAAAUUUGCCUCCACAAGCCCAGACUCAAAAUCAAGGUCAGGCUCCAGGUUCUCUCCAGGUCUCUGCUAACCUUGGGAUGAUGAAUGGCUCACAGAUGCAGCAUGUGGCCAGUGCAGGCAAGCCUCAGCAGAUACCACCAAAUUUCGGACCCGCAGGCCUUUUCAACUUCAGCAGCAUCUUUGAUAACAACAACCAGGUGAGUUGAAGUUAUCAGUGUAAUUUGAACAAUGGCUCAGGGAUCUUGUUUUUUGUCAUUUCAUAUGUUCACAUUAGAAGAACACUUGAACAAAAUUUCAACUGAUGUAACACGUGAGCUCAAAGGUCAUGUUUCUGAUCUUGCUCAUUCACCAAAUCAAGCACAGUCCCAAUAACUCUAAUUCUAAUCUCAUUUCAAUUCCAGGUUGGAAACAAUCAGGUAUGGGGUGCCUGCCAUCUGCCCGCCCGAUCACCUCCAGAGCAGUCGUACUCUGCGCCACCAGCCUACAUGAGCAUGGGCCAGAUGGAGAACAUGAUGCCCCCACCUCCUCCAGACAGCUCCAAAGCACCUGGCUACCGCUCUGCCACACAGAGGAUGGUCAACAGCCCCAUCGGUGCGAUGGUUUUCCUUGAAUUUACUCAUAACCUUAGAAUCAAGAUGCCCUCUCUCAUUAAGAACCUAACGAAGAGAAACAGUGCUAAUAUAGCAGCAUCAAAACAGGGCAUUUGAGAACAGUAUGUUCUCAUCAUGAAAGGUGGCAUUGUCUUUAUUUUGUGGUUGAAAUGAAGGCUGCAUCUACGCUAUAGUUGACUCAUCGUAAAGUAGUGGAAUGAUAAAUCAAAGAAUUGUAGGAUGAGCUGCACAAUUACUUCACAGCUCUUUUCUGAAGAUCGGCUUUUUAAUUCACAAUAAAAAAAAAAAAACUCUACACACGCCAUUGAAAAUCAUAAUACAUGCUAUUAUCUCUUUGACUCAAACACUUGAAGUGUGAAUGUAAAAUGGAUUUGGUCCCAAUGUGUAGCACUGUUACUAAAGCAACACAGUAAGACUUUGCCCUGCAGUCUUAUGAUAGGAAAAAUGAUAAAAAGAGAUGAGGAGAGGAGAGUUUAAUGUAAAAACUUGAAGGUGAUGGAGUGAAAAUAGAACUCACACAGCAUGGCUGUUACUUUGGAUUAUAAAGUUGUAUGUCACAGUUGGUUUUGAAAAGAGAGACAACCAACAUGCCGUCUUAUGCACAGCUCACACGCUCCCAUGAUAAACAAGCUAGAGUUUCUAGAUUUUGAGGACAUCUAUUGUCUUUGCAGUGUUGUCAUAUAGUCCUAGACUUUGGAAGUUCUGGGAUGAAGUGAUGUUACAUAUAACCAAGUUUUGUGAAUUUGUUGCCUCCAGGUCACUGUUUUGCACAUGCCACAUUGACGAGAGAUAGGAAGGAUAUGAGAUGUGCCACUCCUCGGUCAUUUGAAUUAAAUGUUUUGUUCACCUGUCCCUCCCUGGUUGCUGUUUCACAUAUGCUACUCAGAGCAGAAAUAGUUAAGAUGCAAGAAGUCUCACUCCUCAGUAAUCCAACUCAGGAUAUCAUUGUUGAUGUCCAUGCUUAGCAUGAAAAUACGCAGGGAUAUCACUUUCUAAUUAUCGACUAAAACGUCUGUAAAUAUAGUUGAUUUUUGUUGAGUACGUUGAUAAGUCAUUGCACUCCUAUCAAAGUUUUUAAGUACAUUUUGUCUCCUCAGAAAAUAAUGAAUAAUGAACGCUGUCUUGCUUUGUGUGCACCUGCAGCUUUGACCAGCUAUGCCACCAGUAUCUCUGGCAGCCCUGUGUAUCUGCACGGUCAUACAGCAGUUGGCACACCUUCAUUCAGCAGACAGCACUUUUCCCCACAUCCAUGGAGUGCAUCCACAUCUGGUAUGUCCUGCUUUGUCGUCCAAUGGCAAUCACACCCCAGAUAAUUAAGCAGGAAGAUGCCAAACUACAAUUUUGCACAUUUUUACAACCGCAUGGCUCUGUAGUAGAAGGGUCUAUGUGCCUUUUACCUAACAUUUACAGAUUUAAGCUCAAAAUGAUCUCCAAACCAUCAAACUGACUGUAUCAUCAUUCUACCCUGCAUAAAGAACUUGUAGUUUUGUAACCUCCCGUUGGAAUCAUGAAUAGAUUUUUUUAAUGGGUUGUUCUCUUUUUGAAACUUCUGAAACUAUCUGUGAGCAAAUGAACAGUUACCAAUAUCCGAUCCGCCCUUAACUGUUUCUUUCUGUACUUUCUGUUCUCCUUCAGGUGAAUCUCCUGUCCCGCCUCCCUCUACGGUGUCAUCCUCUGCCCUUUCCACCUCAGCUGUGGCUCCUCCUCCCCAGCCGAAGCCCGGCAGCUCCUCACAGCAGGACCGGAAGGUGCCUCCACCAAUCGGCACCGAGCGGCUGGCUAGGAUCAGACAGACAGGUUCUGUCAACCCACCUCUCCUUACCACCAGCUACACAGCAUCUGUUGGACAAGGAGGCAUUUGGUCAUUUGGGGUUGGCAGUGCUUCAGGUAAGAACAAGUUUUAGUUUGUGUCUUCCUUUCUGCUGUUUUUUUUUUGGGGGGGGGAGCUGAUAUAUGUCAGUUUCAGUUCUGAUGUUAACACUUAUGCUAACCCUCAGCUUGUCUCGGCACAGAGGCAAUGUCCGGUUGGUCUCAGCCCCUGAUGAGCAGCCACAUGAUGCACCCUCAACUACAGGCGGAGCAGUCCUUCUCUCAGCACCAGCCCAUGGAGCAGGACGACACAGGCAUCUCAAAUCCUGCUAACAACUAUCACCAGCCACAGCAUCUGCCCAACAGCUACAUGGACUUCCCAAAGGUAACACAGAGUUGUUGCUCCCUAGAUAGCUAUACAUUUACUGUUAUGUGCUAGAAGUGUAAGAAUAUACUUACACAUUGAAAUAUUGGAAUAUUUCAUAUCUUGAUAUUGCACCUAGUCGACUAAAACACUGGUUUAAGAACAGCUUUUCUCUCAGAAAAUCACCUCAAAACAUACUGAGCUUUGAUUCUUCUUUUCUUUGAUCAGUCUUGUGCUGUGAACUUAAAUAGUGGCUUCCUGUGAUCAUCGCUGUAUGUGUACAUCACAGUGAAGGGCAGAGAGGACACUCGCUCACAUCAUUUUAAAUAGAUAAAUAGAUGAUAAUGCAUGUUACCUUGGCCAAGUCUUUCUCGCACAGUAGAUUUUAAAUCUCAGUGGGAUUUUCUGGUUGAAUAAAAGGGAAAUUAAAAAAAGAUAUAAAACUUAUGGUGAAUUGACAUCUGUGCUUUGGUUAAACAUAGUCCUAGAGUCUCUCCAAGCUCAGCAGAGAGAGACUCUUCAACAUGCUACAUGGUAGAAAAUGUGAAAUGCAAACACAGAUUUAAGCGCUCCUCGAUAAUUUCAUGUAUUUGUGUGUCUAAUGUUUAUUCUCAAUAUCUUGGGGGAUUUCUACUAAUAGAAUUUUUCAAAUCGCAGUAUAUUGCCUUUGCCUGUAGUAUCCCAUCAUAUCCCAACAUGUCAUAGGGGGAAGUUUCAGGGGAUGUUUCUUAUUGCCUGAUUCUUGCCAACACACAGUCCUAUGAUGUACCAGACUUUCACCUGUGAAACCUUCUUGUCUGCUCAGGGAAUGCCCAUGUCGAUGUAUGGUGGAACCAUGCUGCCCCCUCAUCCUCCCAUGGCAGAGGGGCCAGGGGGACCAAUGUACAAUGGUUUGCACGCUGGUGACCCCGCAUGGAGCCCCAUUAUCAAAGUGGUCCCAAACAAUGCAGAUAACUCUGACCCACAACAGCAGGUAAUGUUGCCUUUGUUUACAAAAAUGCAGGUUAAAUAUGUUGACUUCAACUGUUCUGUUUGAAGAAGUGGAUUAAAGUGCUGUAUCUGACUAAAUUCCACCUGGUUUUGGUCUUCUGCCCCUUCAGGUGUGGCCUGGUACCUGGGCACCUCAUGUGGGCAACGUGCACCUGAACCACGUCAACUAGAGAGCGUCCACAGCAAUCAAACGCACACAGCAUGACCCACACCGCAAACAUGAAAUACCAACUGACGAACAUGACCGAAUAAGACAAACGAAUUAAAAAAAAAGAAAAACGUACAACAUGUUAACUUCAGUAGUGACCUGAGAGUGCAGAGCAGAGGUUGAAGAAAUGGAAGUUGUCUUGACGCCAUUCUUUGAUGUGCCUAUCUCAAACAAGGAAAGAGGAAUAUGGGGGGGAGCUGUUUAUCAGUGUCCCAAUGAUGCAAACAAACAUGUGCGAUCACCUGUUUAACAGGAUCCAUUCUCUGCGUAGUUUAGCGAUUUUGACUUAAAACCACAUACACCGUUCUUGGGCUGCAGGGGGCUCAACAUGAAGUAGCUAUUUAAACUUGGCCCAGAACUAGAUGAUGAUUACCUAAAGAGAAAGAGAAAUCAGAACCUUUUAGAGUGGUAAAUACAUGUAUAAUUGUUUACAUACUAAAAAGGGUUAAAAUGAGAGUAAAUUUCAUGUCGUAUAGUGGCUCUACUUUAUGUAGCCUGUAUUAAUGUGAAAUAUUUACCUUAAUAUUCAAUAAAAAGAUUGAAAAGUA